GGAGUCAAAAUCAAGGUUUGAUGUCCGGUCUUCAAGGAGGUACACUGGCUGGAUUUCGUGAUCAAGACAACAUGGGGAUUCAAAAUGAGAGUCAAAAUCAAGGUUUGAUAUCCGGUCUUCAAAGAGGUGUACUGGCUGGAUUGCGUGAUCUAGACAACAUGGGGGUAAAACUUUGCAAACAGGAUUUCAAUGGAACCAUCAGACAAAUUGUGGCAAUGGAGGCUAUCAAAAAUAUGCCCUUAUUCAAACAGGUCAAAGAAAGUGAUAUGAGGAAAAUUAUGAACGACUCUGUCAGAUCCCGAAGAGUUUUCAAGGCAGCCCGAGCUCUUAUAGCAGAUGAUGAAGAAAUAGCUCCUAGAGUAGUUGGAGCUACUUUAAUGGGAGCUGCACAGCUAGCAGCCGACUUUGUGAAAAUGAUGCUGACAAGGUACUAAAUAAACAAUAAAGUUUUGAAAACCAA